GUAAAUUAAACCUCAUAUAUUUCACCCCUACCCACCCAUUUUCCUUCUUUCACAUUCCAUUUUCCCCUCUGCCAUUUUUGUUCUUCAUUAUCUGAAAUUUCCCAGCUUUCCUUCACUGUUUUGAUUCCUUUUAGCCACCGUUUUCCAAAAAGAAAGUGUGUAAAAAGUAAAGCAGGAUUCUUGUGGUGUGGUGACCAUACUUUUUAUCAUCUGUCCAGAUCACAAACAUAAAAAAAAUAUCAUUUUUAUCAUAAAAAGCUAGCUUAUUUUUCACUUUCAAGUUGCAAGAUUGUUGAAUUUCAAGUGGGUUUUUGGUGUUUGAAUCAAAAGUCAGAAUCUUUACCUCUAUUAGGGUUUUGAUCCAUACAUAAUUUAUGUGGGAAGUUUUGAAAAAAGGGGCAUUGGUGGUGUUUGGUGGAGUUUGUUUGGGCUUGAUUCAGAUUGCUGGGUUCUUGAUUUAUAGUUCUGAUUUCUUUUUGUGUAUUUGGUGUAUUUUAUCAUAGGGUUUUUACAGUUUCUUGUUUGGUUCUUUGAAAUCUGAGAUAUGAUCAAGCAAAUUCUCAGUAAAGUUUCCAGGAAACAGUCCAAAUUCUCAAAAAAUCAAGAAUCUUUUGGUACCCAAAACACUGAUUUAACCUCUUCCAGCUCAAAAAGUAGUGAUUUUGCAAGUGGGAAUUCAAGAAAGCUCUCGAAUUCCGACAUUUCAGCCCCGUUGAACCCUAGAUUCAAUCCGAACGACACGAAUUAUCGUAACAGUGGUCAAGUAAGUGUUUCUUACGAAUCUUUACCGAGUUUUCGAGAUGUUCCAAGUAGUGAAAAACAGAAUUUGUUCAUAAAGAAAGUAGUUAUGUGUUCUGUAGUUUAUGAUUUCACCGACCCGACAAAAAACCUUAGAGAAAAAGAAACGAAACGCCAAACGUUGUUAGAGUUAGCCGAUUUUGUGGCGUCUAGUAAUGUUAAGUUCACAGAAUCUGUUAUGCACGAGUUUGUGAAAAUGGUAUCUGCAAAUUUGUUCCGAGAGCUCACACCGCAGCCACGCGACUGCAACGUCUUGGUAUCUUACGAUGUCGAAGAAGAAGAACCGUCAAUGGAUCCAUCAUGGCCCCAUUUGCAAAUAGUUUACGAACUUUUACUUCGGUUCAUCGCAUCACCAGAAGCCGAUGCGAAGAUCGCGAAAAAGUUCAUUGAUCAUUACUUCGUUCUCAAGUUAUUAGAUUUGUUUGAUUCCGAAGAUCCUAGAGAACGUGAGUAUUUAAAGACGAUUCUUCAUAGAGUUUACGGAAAAUUCAUGGUUCAUCGUCCGUUUAUUCGGAAGUCUAUAAACAAUAUCUUUUACCGAUUUGUUUUAGAGACCGAAAAACACAACGGGAUCGCUGAACUUUUGGAGAUUUUAGGAAGUAUCGUUAACGGGUUUGCGUUGCCUUUGAAGGAAGAACACAAGUUGUUUCUUUCUAGGGCUUUGAUCCCGUUGCAUAAACCGAAAUGUUUGGCGAUGUAUCAUCAGCAAUUAUCGUAUUGUAUUACGCAAUUUGUUGAAAAAGAUUGUAAAUUGGCUGAUAUGGUAAUUAGGGGUUUAUUGAAGUAUUGGCCCGUUACAAAUAGUUCGAAAGAACUGAUGUUUUUAGGUGAGUUGGAGGAGGUUCUUGAAGCAACACAACAACCCCAGUUUCAUCGGUGCAUGGUGCCUUUGUUUAAGCAAAUCGCCCGUUGCUUAAACAGUUUGCACUUUCAGGUGGCGGAACGAGCCCUUUUCUUUUGGAACAACGAUCACAUCGAGAGUUUGAUCAGACAAAACCGCAAAGUAAUAUUACCAAUAAUCUUCCCUGCACUUGAACGGAACGGGAGAUACCAUUGGAAUCAAGCUGUGCAUAGUUUGACUUUAAACGUUAGAAAAAUCUUCUUUGACCUGGACCCUGAACUGUUCAACGAGUGUUUACUCAAUUUUCAAGAAGAGGAGGCGAAGGAAGAAAAGAUCCAAUCCAGACGCGAGUCCACGUGGAAACAUUUAGAAGAAAUCGCUGCAGAUAAAGCUUCAAGUAAUGAAGCUGUGCUUGUGAAUUAGGAGUUGGGUUUGCGCGUAAAUUGUUUAAAGGUUCAAGCUUUUGGGAAAUUUAUUGUAAAUUUGUGUUGUUUUAUGUGUUGUAGGAUGACAAUUUGUUAAAUUUUACUAAUUUAGUAUGAUAUACUAGCUAAAGAAUUUUCAGCA